AUGGGUUUUGUCAUUGCAAAGAGUGACACAUUUUUGUUUACUUUUAAGCAUGGUGAUGAUAUGGCUUAUCUAUUACUUUAUGUUGACGAUAUUAUUUUAUGCACAUCAUCUGAUGCUUUGCGUGACAAAUUGAUCUCCCAUUUGAAAACAGAAUUCCCAAUGUCUGAUUUGGGGCCCCUAAAUUACUCUUGGGGAAUUUAUGUCUCCCGAAAUCUUUCUUAUAUGAUUCUCUCUCAGAAAAAAUAUGCACAUGAAAUUUUGGAACGUGCAGGCAUGGGGACUUAUAAGCCUGUUGCCACUCCUGUUGUCACUAAAAUGCAAAGCUUAGUGCAGAUUCAGGUCCUCCUGUGGCGGACUCAACUUAGUACCACAGUCUGGGAAGUGCUCUACAGUACCUUACAUUUACUCGCCCUGACAUUGCAUAUGCGGUGCACCAGUUAUACUGAUGCAGAUUGGGGUGGGUGUCCUGAUACUCGCCGUUCGACUUCAGGAUAUUGUUGUUUCUUAGGAGACAAUCUUAUUUCUUAG